UUGCCGUAUAGAGAACGAGAUUUGCCCUAGAUUACGCCCCCCGCGGCGUUAGAACAAGGCCCGACCAAGUGGAAAGUCAGUGGUUGUUCGUGGUUUCUUCUUCUCUCUGUGUAACACUUUUUUGGGGUUUUUGAUUUGGAUUUUUGCAGGGGAAUUGGAACUAAAAUGGGGAAAAUCUCUUCAUCUUCUUCGAAGAGAAAGAAACGUUCUACAGAUUCGUCUCAGAGGAAGAAGAGAAAGGGAACCAAAUCGAAGAAGAUUCCUCUCCGUGAUGACGAUUCAGAUUACAGCGAAUCCAGCGGUACGGAAUCUUCUUCGUGUUCUAGUUCUGAAGAUGAUUAUAGGGGACGGAAGCAUCUUCGGUCUAAAGGGAGGAGGAAGAGGUCGAGAAGGAGGGAUUCUAGUAGCGAGAGGGACAAUCGCUUGAAGAAGAAGAAGAAGAAGACGCAAAGGUCUGAAAGGAGAAGAAGAAAGAGACGUGGGAGAGAUGUGAGUGUGAGUUCUUCCGCAAGUAGUGAGUCUUCUUUCUCUGAGAGCGAUGGCGGUAGAAAGAGAAGAAGGUCAGAGAGAAUGGAUAAGGUUAAGUCCAAGCGCAGGAAAAGUAAUGAUGAUUCUAGGAGGAGUUGUUCUUCUUCGUCGUCUGGCCAUCAGGACGAUGAAUUCGAUGACAACCAGCAAGUGAGGGAUGAAGUUACCAGCGGGCAGGGUUCUAGAAGGCUGAGAUCGGUUAUUGUUGUAGCAACUUCUCCCGACGAUGACGAGAGAAAAGAGUUGGAACGUUAUGAGGUAUCUCUGGAAAAUACGACCAUGGAGGUGGAAAAAGAUGGUGAAGCUAUGAUUUCUAGUCCUGGAGCUGGUGCUGGUGAGGGAGGAAGUAAAAAUGCUGGCUAUGAUGAGUUUGGAGAAGAUGGUGAGAUGGAAACUAGUCAAGGUACCGAUCCAGACAAUAAGUUGAAAGGUGAUGAUUUGGAAACCAUUUUAAGGAUGCGGGCAUUGGAAAAUCUAAGAAGAUUUCGUGGGGGGACCUAUACAAAUGGUGUUUCCGGCAAAGAGACCUCGUCUCCUGCCGAAGGAGAGCAUCUUCUCUGUACCGAAUCUGCCAAAGUCGAAGAGUCAAAAGGCCAUAGUCCUGUGGAGCAGAAACCCGGUAUCUCUGCUGGAAACAGAGAUUUCGAGAGUUCCGGUAAGACUUUUCAACAGGCUGCUUAUCAAAAGGAAUCUGAAUCUGUCUCGAAUGAUCUUACUUAUCCACAAGAUCAAUCGGGUGGUACUGCCAAGGGGGAAGUUGGUUUCGGUCUUAGCUCUUGUACAACUAAACCGACGUUACCUAGACCGGUAUAUAGACAAGAAAUAGCAAAUCUAGCUAGUGAAGGUGCCAAUAACAAGGAUUGCCCUGAAAGUUCUCUAACAUCGGGAGCAAAUAAAGGGAGUGAGAACGUUGAACCCAAAAGUAACAAUACUCCCGAUGGGCAGUCAUCUUCUUGUGCUGAAACCGAAGUGGAAGACAUGAGAGGGUCGGAUAAACCACAUGACGAAACCAAAGAAGGGUUUGAAGAGAAGACAAUGUCCGUGAUGCGUGGCGGGGAGAUGGUUCAGGUAAGUUACAAAGUCUACAUUCCUAAGAAGACUCCUGCCUUGGCAAGAAGAAAAAUCAAGCGGUGAUGCUACAAAUCCAUGGGAAUGAUCCAUAUACAUACAUGCAUACAUAUAUAUAUAUAUAUAUAUAUGUAUACAUCUGUGUGAUGGUAUGCUGACAUAUUUUUGUAAAGUCUAGACCACAGUGGUGGUCUGAACCAUAUGGAUAAUUCUGAGUUCAAAACAGCAGAAAUUUAUUUAUCAUUCAGCUCUCGGGGUCUUCGGACAGAACAGUUCAAGAAUGUAUCUGAAAUUGACUCAUGUCAUUUGUUUUCAUUUUGGUUGACGUUUUAAUCCGCAGUC